AUGGAAGAAAGUGGCUGUUCCCAGCAGGACUGGAAGCAUCGUGUCAUUUACAUUGUACAUCCCAAUAUGAAAGUAACACGAGAAAUACAAGUAAAUGGUAAAUCUAUCGAGACAAAAUAUGCCGGAGAGUAUAUGUAUAUGUCCAGUGAAGGACAAGCUAUGUUUAUUAAUUAUGCUCCCGGUGGACAAACUUCUAACAACGAUGAUUUCUCAAUUCAUGCCUAUCAAGUGCACACACCAACAGCUUAUAAUGGCGAUGAUUACUUGAGCAGACGAUGGUCAGAAAUUACCCGGAAACUUGCUCAUUUUGCUCAAACUAAUAGUAACGGAAAUCGAUGUUAA